AUGGCCUCUUCGAAAGCCAAGUCUAGCUCCUAUGCGCCCCUUGGGCAGCAUGAUGAUGACAAGGACUCUAUCGCGACUCUGGAGGAGCAUUCUGCGGCCUCGGAGAACGACCAUUCUGCCCCAUUGCUGGAGGCCCCGGACAGUCUGCCCUCCCUCACGCCAUCCAAAUCGUCCCAUUUUCCCAAACUCAUAUUCUACUUCUCCCUGGCUCUCGUGCUCCUAUCAACAGCAAAUGUAGCUUUGCUUCCGGCAACGCUGUCCAAGUAUCUCGCCUACCCGUUGACCGAGUCCCAGCUCGGGGAUCUUCCCCUGGGCGAUGCUCGGCUGGGACUGGACAGGGCAGCAAAGGCAAUUCCUCCUCCCCAAACCUACGACCAUAGUUGGCCCGAUAAGAUCGCACGAGUGAGCCGAAAGUUGAAGAAGGCCGUAUGGGGCGACGGGACGCAAGUCUAUAUUACCGUUGAGGACUCCACAGUCAUGCGCUUUACCAUCCCGUCCAAGGGUGUCAACGCCUGCGCGCUCUUCUGGCGAGCGCCUCCAGAGCACUCUGCGCGUGCCAAGGACCUGGAGACCAAAGGUGAAAUUUCCGAAAUCGAGGUAUGGAAUCUCAUCGUGUCCUCAGUGCCCUCAAAGUCUGCCAGUAUAGGCAAGAUCGACUUUGACACGUUGUCGUACUCCACACUUCCUGCGCGAGGGGAGCUGCUUGGGACGCUGGACCUGACAGCCGAGCCCAAUAGCACAACAGUAGAAUUUGCUUGCCCCAGCGACGCAGACAGCUUUACUGUGGAAUUGCGGUGCCAGCGAGUGGCGUGCCAUGUGAGCUUCAUGCAGAUUGCUAUGGCGCCGAGAUUUGGAUUUGAGUUGGUGAGGAGGAGGGAAUGAUCGACUAGUAUCGUUGCUUUCUGGAAAUCAAACACGCUCAAGAAAGGGGGAACAAAACGUCUUGAUUGUAAAUAUACAAAAGUUCCCUGAUAACA